AAUUCUGCAUCCCAACUCCUUCCAGACAAAAAUUGUGUGCCAAAGUGGCGGUUUCAAGGAGUUCGACAGCUCAUGAGAAUGAGCAGCAAUCUAACCGACACGACGACAACGGUAUUCGAGACGUUUCUCCUCGAAUAUGGGAGGAUAAUUCACCCGCCGAUGGUCCUACUUUUAUGUAUUUCCGGGGCUCUCGGGCAUAUGCUCACAAUCACAACACUCUCAUCAAUGCUGAACCCAACGAAUAUGUUCUUGAUUUCUAUGAGCUGCAGUCAACUGGCCUUAUGCAUCAAUUUUCUCUACUCAACAUUCUUCAAAUUCAUGUCAGAUCAGCUGUGUCAGCCGUUCUUCUUCUCCUAUUACCUAGCCACUACUAUGCAUUUUUCCGUCACAGUUUCGGUACUCGUGCAUAUGUCAGCGGUAUUCCACGUAGUUGCUCUUUCGUUAAUACGAUUCUUUUCGCUUGCACAGCUCUCUAGCGUCAAUUCGAAUGUGCAAUGGUUUACGUGGCAGAAAUCCCGCGUGGCAAUCAUAAUGAUCUACGUGAGCGUGAUCUUCCUGUGCAUCCCACUACACUUCACAUCACAAGUGACCGAGGUCUCCGAAAACGAGGGAUGUGCUGAGCGAUAUCCUGCUCUCAGGAAUAAAGUGGCCUACCAGUUGAGCUACACGCAAAGCAUUUGGCUCAGGAAUUUGAAUUUUUGGCUCUUCUACCUGGUUGCCAAGGUGGUUCCAUCGAUAAUCCUGUGCAUAAUGACCUGCCUAAUUUUGGACCAGCUCAAGAAGAUUCAAGUUUUAAGCGCGCGCUUUUCGUCAGUGGAGCGCGAUAAGCAACACUCGAGAACGACAAAUAUGAUACUUGCGAUAAUGAUUCUCUUCAUUAUUGUCGAGCUUCCACAGGGUGUGCUCGCCGUGCUCUCCACCGUCACCAGUGUUAAGCUGAUCUAUGAGCUCGGUGAUUUGACGGAGCUCUUCACAUUGCUCACUUCUAUCAUUAUUUUCACACUCUUGUGCUCGAUGAAUGGAAAGAUUCGAUCAGCAUUCAAAGAGUUGUCGUGUGUUCGAUCGAUUGGCAGGAUCUUUGCGACAAUGUGUCCGCCGCCGAGCCCGGUCGCUGCGAGCAUCUCUGGACACGAUGCUCUUCUGGAGCACAACACGAUUAUCAUCACCAAUUGUCAUAUUGACAAAUCGGAGAAUUAUGCGGUUCUUUGAGAGACGAGACGGGUACCUGACGUCAUGCCAAUUUGAACAAAAAUGCCAAGAAACUUAGCCAAAACUUUUUAUUUUUUCCUGUUUUUAUGUAUAAAGUAUUUGAAUAAAUGAACAAUUUUUC